AUCACGGUGUGGAAGAGGUACAGUGAUUUCCGGAAACUUCAUCACGACCUCUGGCAACUACACAGGAAUCUCUUCAGUCAAUCAGAGCUCUUCCCACCCUUCGCCAAGACCAAAGUGUUUGGACGUUUUGAUGAGACGGUGAUUGAGGAGAGGAGGCAGUGCUCAGAAGAUCUGCUCCAGUUCUCUGCUAACAUCCCAGCCCUCUACAGCAGCCAGCACAUCCAGGACUUCUUCAAGGGAGGGGAGGUCAGCGACGGCUCAGAGCUUAUUGGACCGGCUGAACCCUUCUUGGACUUCCUGGCUGACAGCCUAUCAGACUGCGGCUCUGAAGUUCAGAGGGAUCUCGGUGGAGCAGAUGAUUUGACCAUUACCAGUCAGUCUGAAUAUGGAGGUCCGUCCAGUGACAGUGACCUGACCUCCCUGGCCAUAGACAUAGACUCUUUGGCCGAGCUGGACGAUGGCAUGGCCUCAGGCCGUAGCUCGCCCAACCAGCCACUGGGAGGCUCCAGCACCAUCACAAGUACCCACAGCAGCCCCUCUCUGCCCCCCCUGUAUGACUACCAGCAGCACCGCCAUCAGCAGCACACCUCGAAUCCAGCCCCCUGCUCCCCAGCCCCCGAGGUCAGCCGAACCAGCAGGACAGCGCUGUUCCCCUCCAGUCUGAGGAGAGGUAAUGCUAAGGAAACCAAGAGAGACUACCUGGACAGGGCUAGUGAACACAUCCGAUUGGCCGUGCAGAAGGAAGCGGAGCAGGACUACCAAUCAGCGUUCUCCUACUACAGGAGCGGGGUGGAUUUGCUUCUGCAAGGGGUGCAAGGCGAGCCCAGCCCUACGAGGCGGGAGGCUGUGAAGAGAAGGACGGCUGAGUAUCUGAUGCGUGCUGAGCAGAUAUCCAAUCAGCAUCUGAGAAACAGCAUGGGUCAAGGGUCAACACAGACCGUGGCCAUGGGGGCGCAAUGCUCUACUGCCACCUGCAGAGGGGGUCAGCAGAGUCCAGCCGAGGAGCUCAGGGCCUACAUGGUGCUGGGGGUCAUCGAUAAGGUUCUUCUGGUUAUGGAUAAGAGAACCCAGGAGACCUUUAUUUUGAAAGGCUUGAGGAAGAGCAGUGACUGUGGGAGACCCAAGCGGACCAUCAUGCCUCACUCUGUGCCCCACAUGGUGCGGCUGAGGAAGUUCAUUGUCUCAGAGGACACUGUGUUUCUUCUGCUACAUUACGCUGAGGGUGGGAAGCUAUGGUCUCACAUUGGGAAGUUCCUGCGUAACUCCAGCCCGGAGGACAGCUUCGACAUUCCCUUCAUUCAGAAAAGCCACACCACGGCAGUCCACUCUGUCCAACAUGCUGCUCCCAAGCUGGGCUUGGACUCUGGCAGCUCUGGGACUGGGCCUGGAUGUGUGCUCCAGAGGCAAGGGGAGUCUUCUCUUGUCCUCCCCCAGAAGAGUGCUCUGCCUCUUGGGCUGGCUGACCGCCUUAGGCCCCAGUUGGACUCUGGAGCGACCUCUGAGUUAGAGGAGUGCACCGACAGUUAUCUGAAUCUCUGUAAUGAGUACGAGCAAGAAAAGGUAGAACCAGAAGCUCUAGGAGAGGUGGAGGAGGAGGGAGAGGUGUGUGUGUCGAGAGGACAGGAAGCAUCGUCGCUGGAUGUCACCGUCACCACGACAACCACUUCCUCCAGGACUCGCUCACUGCUUAGCAACGACAGCCUCUGCUCUCCAAUCAGCGCCCAGGAGCUGCGUUUCUUUACUGAGACGGCCGUGGAUCACAACAACGGGCGUUGCCAGGACAUCGGGCAGAACCACGGCGAGGUGUUCAGCCCCUUGCUCUCCCCCGCUGUUCCCCUCUCGUUGGACCAGUCCAAACGCAUCCCCAUGGAGUUCUUCCGCAUCGAUAGUAAGGACAGUGCUAGCGAGGUGACGUGGUGUCCUGACUCAGCCGAGCUGAGGCCCAAAUCAGACCCUUCCAAGCCACUCCCCUUCCUGGCCACCUCUGACCUGGGCUCUGAAGUCACAGACCUGUCGGACUUAGUGGAGGAGGUGAAAGGUCAUGGAGGUGGGUCUGACCGGUGGGGUCUGGAUGGUAGUGACCAGGGCUCUAAUGAGUCGGUACCAGUCAUCUCCUUUAAAGAGGCAGUGGUGGAGGACGAGGGUCGACCCCCUGACCUCCUGGUCAACCUGCCUGGGGUCAUUGGUGGGGAGGGAUUGGUGGGGGUAACUGGGGAAGUGGAGGCCUUACAGGAGGAGCUGGUGUCCUCAGGGGUGUGUCUGGCCCAGGAGGCCAAAGCCUCCCCUAAGUUGAUCCAGCCGGACGUCCUGCAGCUCCACCAUGAGCUUGAGGAGGGGGAGGAGCUGGCUGUGGGGCGGGCCCUUCCCUCGAUGAACAAACGCAUCACCUCUUCCUCUCCCUGCGCCUCCCUGUGGGACGACUGUGGCCUGGCCUUCGGAAAAGAUACCAAAAUGGCUUCCGGAGCUUCCGUACUCCCGAAUAAGGACUUCCUCCCUGCCAGCGCUGUGUCUAUAGGCCCGCUCUCUUCCUCCAACACAGACAUUCCAUUCGCUGACUCACUUAGCUCACUUCCUGAAAGAUUAGAAGCCAUUUUGAACCCACAGGUACACUCUGACAGUUUGGUUCUUAACCCAGACGGGACGAUAGCUGGCUCCAACCGCGGUCAGGAUGGGACAGGGGCCAGCUCUGGGGCAGAGAGUGCACUAGGCGUUGAGUCCCAGUUCCAGGCCAGUAAGGCUGGUGUGUUUGGUGUGGAGGACAUGGUAGAGUCAGAUAAGGAUGUGUCUCGGCUGUUUGCAGAGCUUGACCAGUUGUCUGCUGUAGCGUCCCAGGCCAGGAUUCCAGAGGAGUUUGUGAGGUGCUGGGCGGUGGACAUGGUCUCUGCCUUGGACUCACUCCAUCAGGAGGGCAUCGUCUGUAAGGACCUCAACCCCAACAACAUCCUCAUCAACAGCAAAGGCCAUGUUGAGCUGACGUAUUUCUGCAGCUGGAGUGACGUGGAAGACUCCUACGACAGGGAGGCCAUCACCAACAUGUACAGUGCACCAGAGGUGGGCGGUAUCAGCGAGGAGACGGCAGCGUGUGAUUGGUGGAGUUUGGGAGCCAUCUUGUUUGAGCUGCUCAUAGGCAAGUCUCUGCUGCAGUGCCACCCAGCUGGUAUCAGUCGCCACACGGCCCUCAACGUCCCUGAGUUUGUAUCUGAGGAGGCCAUGUCGCUACUGGUGGAGCUUCUCCAGUUCAACCCCAUAGAGAGGCUGGGGGCGGGAGUGGCAGGAGCAGAGGACAUCAAAUCACAUCCCUUCUUUGGCCGAGUGGACUGGCCCAAAUAAGCCCAGUGCAUUGUGGGACGGUGGAGGCCAGAAAUGAAUGCUGUGGGCGGUUCGAGCUGCUGACAGGGUGGGCACAAACACACAGACACAGACACAGAGACCCAGACGUGGCCAGUGUCAACAAAUGAACUCUUGUUGGGGAGUUGGACAUAUCGUCUACACACCUACCUUGUACAUGUUACUCUCACUGACGUUCUCUUUAUCUUCACGUUGAGCAGCUUAGACUGUUGAGACAUGAUGCAUGUGGUGCAAUAAACUAACUAGUCCUUUUAUGGAAGGGUGGUUCACAAAGUCAAUUAAACUUUUUCUUAUUUCAACAAGACAACCAACGGUCUUCUGACAUUUCACAGUCCAUAUACAUUCCCCUGUAUUAAUAGGUUGCGUACUGUUUUCUCCGACCUAAAAUUGUAGAUGCCCUCCUCUUGGCCGCAGAGCCAAAAUGUUGCUGUUUCAAAGCUUAAUAUCCUGCAAUUCUACACUUUGCCUUGGGGUGGACUGAAAAUGUUACUGUUUUAAAGCUAAUAUCCUGCAGUUCUACACUUAGCUUUGGGGUGGACUGAAAAUGUUACUGUUUUAAAGCUAAUAUCCUGCAGUUCUACACUUAGCUUUGGGGCGGACUGAAAAUGUUACUGUUUUAAAGCUAAUAUCCUGCAGUUCUACACUUGCCUUGGGGCGGACUGAAAAUGUUACUGUUUUAAAGCUAAUAUCCUGCAGUUCUACACUUUUACUACAAUUCUACACAUAAUUAAACACAUUUUGCUGUGGGGCGGUGAGAACAUUUUUUUGACUUUUAAAGCUAGUUUCCUGCAAUUCUACACAUUUUUUCAUAGCAUAAGAACACGGCAUAAGCCAUUUGAGUGACUCAAACAUAACAUCUAUGGGGCCCCAUGUUGUUUUUUGACUUUUAAAUUCUCAUGUACUGUCUAGUUUUUGUUUUGGUGGUGGUUAGUUCUCAAAGAUGAUAUUAUUUUAAAACAUAUAGCUCUUAGCUUUUCUACCUACUUUUAUAUCUGGUUUUAGUCGUUUCCGUUUACACUGAAAACAUUUUAUCCUGAAAGUUAUUUGAAUUUUUGCAUAUAAAAAAAACUACAUAUUUUUGUGUGUUGACAACGAUUGGCCACUGCUAAAUUAAUAUAGGGGAAACACUGGCAUUGUACUCGGGAGAUGCAUUGUAUAACAGUUGCCAUGGUUGAACAAUGGUUGAAUGAAGGGUGAAUAUUGGUUGGAUUAUGGUUGAGUAAUGUUUUGUAGGGUUGUCUGAAUGGUAUAGUCGAAGGUGCGUGUUUUUUUUUACCCAGAGAAACCCACUGUACUGUACAUCAGUGUUUUUCUGUGCAUUUGAUAAUAUAUUAUAUAUCAUAUUUAAUGAAAAGACAACUAUUAUAGAUUCAAUAAUUGAUGUUCAUGCAUUGAUCUCGUCAUGUCCAUUGUCAUGUAGCCUAAAACUCCCCAUCUGUGUGUUGUCAAGGUAAUUUGUAAUGUCAUUUAUAUUCAUCUGUUUCACACCCAAUCCUAAUUCUCAUUGGUGUCCACUUCUACUCUGACCAAUACCUACUACUUUCAAUCACUCACUUCUUCUACACUAUUUCUUUCCCAAUGAAUGUAGAGCUCCCAUCGGAUGACCUGACAGACUCCGCCUAUUACAAGUCCCACUGUAUGCUGCCUACCUUGUUAAAAUGGCAGAACACUGUCAUCCCCAAUGUAACUCCUGCGCAUCACAUACUGCCUCCUGUGCAUCCCAUCGCAUACUGCCUGUAACUAACCACAGAUCUAGGAUCAGCUUACACUAACCUAAUAUAACCAUAAACUACUCAGAGGAAAAAACGAUUAUAGACCAGUACUUGGGGACACCUUGAUGAUUUGAAAAUCCCUAUUCAAACCUGAUUGAUUCCUCUAUUUUGUUCUGGCUCUCUGGUUAAUUGAUUGACUAACGACAUGGCAUGGACCUAGCAGUUAGCCGUACACUUAGUUACUAUCCAUGUCCUACAUUCUCUGAGAUGCCAAACACUACCAGUGAGAGAUGUAUGUGUGCCUGCAAUAGUUGGUUUUCUAUGUUUCUUACUGUGUCUAGCUAUUCUCACUUACACAUGUUUUAUGUAUUAGUCUGUCCUCUCUGGAAUACAACUUAAUAAACACACAUCUGGAUCAUC